GUAUAUAUACAUAUAUGGGGUCUUAUUAUUAUAGCCACUUCACUUUCAUCAAUCAAUCUUUUUUUUUAUUCCCAUAAUUUAAAAAAUAUCGCUCACUCUCAUGGAUAAGUAUAGGCAAAAGCAUCCCAAGAUUCAAGAUUCUAAUUGUUUCUUUGAAGAAGUGAGCAGUGUCGAAUGGGAGUUGAUCGAAAUGACUGCGCAAGAAGAAGACAUCAUUAUACGAAUGCACAAACUUGUCGGAGACAAGUGGGCAUUGAUAGCUGGAAGAGUUCCAGGGAGAAAAGCAGAGGAGAUUGAGAGAUUUUGGUUGAUGAGAAACAAUAAUGGAUAUUUUAAUCAUCACAAAACAACACAUUUACAGAAAUGUUGACACAAUUAAUUAACUUCUCUCUCUCUCUCUCUAGAUCUCUCACUCUCUCAUGUUAGAGAAGUAGUUUGUGCAUCUGUUUUGUUGUUGGAAUUGUCGGUUGUUUGUUAUGAAUGUUGAUGCUUAAUGCAAGAGUAUGUUGUAGUUGAGGAUUUUAGGUAAUAAUAAUAUGACUGUCAAACUUUCUAAGAAGGUGUUUCUUACUAUUUUUAUCAAUUUCGUCGAGACUAGGGUGUUUACUU